AUGGCUAGUCUAAGAAUGGGCAGCAUGCCGUCCUUGAGGCGGCAGCAUCUCCUGGCUGAAUUCGCCGGCCUUAAACAGGCCUGCCCCGAAGGCGUUUUUGUAAGCUUAACACCAGGAGAUCCAAUGCUGUGGUCGGGCGUUAUGUUCGUGAGGCACGGACCCUAUGCCACGGCUAUCCUCAGAUUUCAAAUUUCGUUUCCCGACACCUACCCGCGGUUGCCGCCCCUCGUGACCUUUUCAACAGACAUGUUUCACCCACUGAUAACACCAUUAACCACGUACAUGUAUACCACCGAUAUCCAGGACAGCGGCACCGUCAGCGCCACGGAUGCCGAGCGGCUGCCGCCUGGAGGCUUUAGUUUGCGACACGGGUUCCCGGCGUGGUUCGGACGAGGGAGCCGGAGCGUAGCGGGGAGCCGACAGGUUAGUGGGCAGCAACAACCCCCCGCGACACCAGCAAGGGGAGGCGCGCCAAGCAGCGCGGCGACGACGCCGAGUACCAAGGCCACACCGCUCGGUGGACGGCCAGGAUACCUCGACACCUCGAGACGGGAGGUCUCGACAUAUGAGGUUUUAAGGUACAUUCGGAGCACGUUCGACGACGAGACUGUGUUGGAUUCAGUGCCGCUCGAGGCUGCGGGCAACCCAGGCGCGUGGCAUGCGUGGCGGACGCGUCAGCGUCAGGCAGGAAAGGCGCUUCCUGGUGAUCCUAUACCUGAGCCGCAAGAAUCGCAAGGGGCGGAAGGCGAAACAGGGGAGGAUGCGGGCGAGGAGAAGGCGGAACAGGAUACACCCGAGGUAACGAGUCCUCCCGCCUCAAGUGCCAUUCCUAGGAAACCCGUGGCGGGUGCUGUCCCAACUCCGAGGCGUCCUGGGGAGUGGAAUUGGGAAGGUGUAUGGGAGGAUAGAGUAGAGAAGGGUAUCGCAGCAUCACUCUCCGAAGCAGUAUUAUACGGGGCAGCAGGCGGCGGCGAUGACUUGAUAAAUUUUCUCGCAAUGGAUGACAGUGAGGUGGAAGCUGUCCAGGACAAUCUGCUACGGACGUUGGGAAGCGGUGCAGCAACUCCUGAAAAACGCAACAGCAUGCAGGGCGUGCCUGCGACUGAGUGA